UAGCCGAACUGACUGCCUUGACAUUUGCCGAGUGUCUAAAUCGCACUAUGAUUCGUGGAUUACCACGGAUCUAAUAACCCCCGCAAGAGAGCUUUUGGCAUUAGGGUGACGUUGCUGCCUGUGAGGAACCAAUAAAGGAGUUUCAGGCCAGUAGCAUGGCUGAAAGCUCCUCGUCCCAACGUUGGUCACGCGGGUAUACAUCAUUUAGACUACCCCAAAGGAAGUCCUCUACUCAAAGCAUCGUACUAAAGUUCUUCCGACGGAAGAAUGGCUCGGUACCACUUGAUGCUGGUAUAUGAAGGCGCCUUCAGACAUCUCUGAAGUCCAAUGCCUCGUUCAGUAUGCGAUUUUUUCUGACAAUUCUGACAGCUGCUAGCUCAGCUUUUGCUGCAGCGGUCUUGCAAGAUCGUUCGAGCAAUUAUGUUGGCUAUUUGAUCUCAACCUUCACGGAUGCGAAUCCCAAGGUGCAAUUUUAUCUUUCUAAUGGCAACUCGCCAUCGUCGUUUCGGUUCCUGAACAAAGGUCAACCAGUAUUAACCUCGACUGUUGGAACAAAAGCUGUGCGGGAUCUAUUCCUCGCUACAAAUAGCGCUCGAAAUAUCUGGUAUAUGCUCGGCACUGAUCUCGAUGUAUACGCCACUGGGUUCAGCUGGGAAAAGGUUCAGACCCACGGUAGCAAGGCUCUGGUCAUUUGGAGUUCGACAGAUCUCGUUAAAUGGUCUUCCUCAACGCUCGCGACCGUUGAAGACAACACAGCCGGUAUGGCGUGGGCUCCCUCUGCCGUUUGGGAUGAUUCGACAUCGCAAUUUUACGUCUUUUGGUCCGCAAGAACCUACGCUGCGUCCGAUCCUGGCCAUACAGGUAGUCCGAGUCUUGACAAGAUACGCUAUGCUACGACCAAAGACUUCAAGACUUUCUCGGCACCAGCGGACUACUAUACGAUUGCUGGGACGCCCUUGAUAGAUCAGGAAUUCCAAUACCUCGGGACAGCAGGACAUUGGGCGAGAUUUCUCAAGAACAAUAGUGGCAGUCACGUUUUGGAAGAAACUACAACAGGCGGCCUCUUCGGGAAAUGGACGAGGAAGCCGGGCUACGUCACAAACGACCGUCCUCGCGAAGGUCCCGUUUCGUUUCCUGAUCUACAGACUGCAGGGCUUUACCAUCUGUGGCUUGAUGAUACUACGACGGGUUAUCUGCCAUAUCAGACCUCGAACAUUGAUGGGGGCGCUUACACGAAGUCUAGCUAUACGAGUUUUCCGGCAGGGCUCAAACAUGGCUCGGUCACGCCUCUGACGCAGAGCGAGUAUGAUGCUGUGCUGGCGCAGUUUCCACCUGUUUAG